GAUUCAGGCGUUCAAAGCGGCCGCCGGCAGCGGGCAGAGGCGGCGUGGGUUACACAGCAUGGCGGACAGGUUGGACGAGCCUUGGUGGGAGACAUCUGAAGGAACCAAGCGUAGUAGUCCAGCUCUUUCAGAUAAUGAGGAAGAAUGUGCUAAUACAAGUGAAACAAUUCAGCAGACUUCAAGUUCAACUCUUAUUUCUUCAAAGAAAAGGAAAAAGCCUACAGAAUGCUUCCUCAACGUUGAGAAAGAGAAAUCUAAGGAUGAAAAAGAAAUUGAAAUGAAGCCAAAGAGAAAAAGAAAGAAAAAAAUUUCUGAUCUUCUCACAGAAACUGUACCAAAGCCAGGUGUCCCAGCAGAUGUACAAAAAAUGCUCAAUGAACAUUUUGGAGCCAAACGUUCUGUGAUUGAACUAGAAGAAUUAAAACUGCCAGAUUCCUGUUUCCUCCCUGCCAAUGAUCUCACCCACAGCUUUACUUCCUACCUGAAAGAAAUCUGUCCUAAAUGGGCAAAGCUCCGUAAAAACCACACAGAGAAGUCAUCAGUAGUGAUGCUAGUAAUUUGCGGAUCUGCUCUCCGGUGUCUGGAACUCAUCAGAUCAAUGGCAACGUUCAAAGGAGAUGGGAAGGUUAUGAAAUUAUUUGCAAAACAUUUAAAGAUACAAGAACAAAUGCAAAUGCUGGAAAAAGAGGUUGUUCAUGUGGGAGUUGGAACACCUGGAAGGAUAAAAGCACUAAUACAACAAGAAGGCCUUAAGCUGACUUCCUUGAAAUAUUUUAUCUUAGACUGGAACCAUAGGGAUCAGAAGUUAAGAAGAUUAAUUGACAUCCCAGAGAUAAAAAAAGAAACAAUUGAUCUUCUAGAAAUGGAAUUAAUCAAGCUAUGCAGAAAUGGCUCUGUGAAGUUGGGACUCUUUUAAUAAUUAUUCCUGUAGUUCAUUCUAUCAUCCGUUGGCCUCUGCUGUAUUGAGCUGCCUUUAAAAGUGCACAAAGCUGAAGAUGUGUGGCAGAUCCUUUUGUCAUCCAGCAUUAUUUUAUAAUAAACAAUAUUCUGUGUGAUGUCCACUGGAAUUUUUUCAAAUUUCUAUCAUGGAAGGCCUAGAAGUUGUUUUAAAAUCCCAUAUCUAAG